CGUAAGCUACACUAAAGGUAUAACAUUAUAACAAUAACAAGUCUCAUCUCAUCAAAAAGGUAGUUACUUUGCUUCCUACUAAAAAAAUUUCUUCAUUUCCUAUCUUAAAUGGCCGUGUCAAUUGAUCUGUGUUUGAAAUGUGACGAUACUAAUGACCAGAUACAUGCCGGGACUUAGUGAUUCGACAGACAGUAUUAGCUAAGACAUUUAGUCAUGUAAUUACUUAUAAUUUUUAAAUUAUAAAAUAUACCUACAAGUGUGAUAUUAAUGUUACGACGUAAUUUUGUUAAUAAUUUAAAAAACAAUUAGAAAUACACGUUAUUUUUUUAAAGUUUUAAGACCACAUUGUAUUGUGCUGGACUAAUUAAAUAAAAAAAUUGACGUGUUCAUCUUUAUUGAGUGCGCACAUAUUAUAUGUAACGUACCUGUAUCGGCUCAAAGUAUGAUCAUCGAAAUGAAGCCAGUUACUUUAAAGAAAGAUGACCAACAGCAGCAGCAAAAACAAAUGAAACUGACUAAGGAAAUUCUGGAUGACCUUAGUUGUCGCUUCAUUAUAAAUGUUCCUGAAGAAGAGCGACAAAAUUUAAUAAGAAUAUGUUUUCAAAUUGAAUUGGCCCAUUGGUUUUACUUAGAUUUCUAUUGUAGUGAACAAAACUUAAAACCAUACGGUAUCAACCAAUUUGCAAUACAUAUGUUCCGGCAUAUACCAUUUUUAAGGAGUCGCGAAUCACAAGUUUUGGAUGUCCUUAAAAAAUGGCGUGAAUACAAAAGAUCGGUACCCACGUAUGGUGCUAUUCUGUUAAAUGAGGAUAUGACACAAGUAUUAUUGGUCCAGAGUUUUUGGACCAAAACGUCUUGGGGAUUUCCAAAAGGAAAAAUUAAUCAAGAUGAGGAUCCUUUAAACUGUGCCGUUAGAGAAGUUUAUGAAGAAAUUGGAUUUGAUAUUGGAAAUAUGAUUAAAAAGGAUGAUUAUAUUCAGAUAGUGUUAAAUGAUCAAAUAAAUAGACUAUAUAUCGUUCCUGGAGUUAGUAUGCAAACAAAAUUUACUCCCCAGACUCGCAAUGAGAUUGGGUCGAUUUCAUGGUUCCCAUUAGACAAACUGCCGUCAAACAGAAAAGAUCAUUUAGCUGCUAGGAAUCAAAAUAAGAAACAUUCCUAUUCUUUUUAUAUGAUACUGCCAUUCAUCAGACAAUUGAAGAAUUGGGUAACUAAAAAUAAGGUUAAAGGAAAAUCAAAUGUUAAAUUGAACAAGAAACAAAAAUCUAUAUCAUUAGAUAUUAAAAACACUACUCCUAUCGUAUCUAUACCUGAUCGAAAAAAAGACAACUCAAAUGAACUUACUUCUCAAACACAAGAAUUCUUUGCCAUGUUUCCUGAAAGAUACAGUUCUCCAAAAACGUCUAUUGUGACAUCUAGUCGAAGUAGCCCUACACAACAGCCUCUACCUACAAACGUUACUGAAACUAAUGCCAUAUCGGAAACUAAGCUUAAGGAAUUCUUUGCCAUGUUUCCGCAAUGUUUGGAUGUUUCUAAAUCACAUAAUAUGCAAACCGACACUGUCGUUACUACUAAGGUGACUGAUAAUUUCAAAGGCAAUCGAAAUUGUGUUAAGAAGACCAACCCUUGGCCAGAGUUCAAAUUUAAUAAAGCUGAAAUUAUGAAAUAUUUUUAAAUACUUGACUUUAUCUUCCCCUCCUUCAUCCUCAUAAAUUACACAUAAAUUAUUGUCGUUUACAGUUUUUUUUUUAACAACAUUUUUAUUUUAACAACUCAAAUUUCAUCCUCCCUCAUAAUAAUUUUUUGUUUAAAUAGUUUUUCUCUUUAAAGCUAAAGUGACAUUUACUAUAUGUAUUUUCUUUUUUUUUAUACAUAUUAUCAUUUCAUUUUGAUAAGCUAUCAUUUAUUUUUACAAUAGUGUAAUUGGUAUAACUCGUACAAACACAUAGUUAUAUAUAACAUUUUUUUUUUUGUAUACAUAUUAUUUGAAACCUUUUUCCUAUUAUUGGCCAAAUAUAUAUGUUUAAUAUUUUUGUUCUGUAAGUUAAUUUCAUACAAUUUUUUUUUUCAUUGUAUUCAUUGAUUUAUUGUCACAAAAAAUUAUUCUUUUUUUAGAUGAAACC